UCCACCGCAAAUGAAUUUGUAUUUGCCAUGUUGAUCUAAAGUAAAAGAGUUAUAAUGAUUUAGACUGUGAAGUUCAGUAGCAUAAUUAUCUGAAAUGGUGAUAUAAGAUGUUCCCAUUGUAUGUGAGAGGUUUACCGGGUGAAAUUACACUUGACGACUUGAUUAUAUAUUUUCAAUCGACGGUAAAAUCAGGCGGCGGUGAUGUUGACUAUGACGCUUGCAAAUUGGAUGGCGACAAAGCAGUCAUAGUGUUUGAGAAGAAGGAAUAUUUAGAUAAUGUUUUAAAAAAGAUUCAUGAAAUUGAUGGCUACAAGCUGGAGAUAUCCGCCGAAGAUAAACCAAAGAAGCCAACUCCAAAACCACGAACUAAAAAGACAGAAUCGAAGCCUACUGACUACGAGGAGUUUCAGAAAAGAAAAUACUUACCGAAUCAACCAGACGUCGAGAAAGCCCGUCUUGGCGAAGUUCGAACUGUUAUCGUAAGUGGCCUUUGCCCAGAUUCAACAAACGAAACUGUAAAAAUGUUGUUUGAAAGUAGCAGAAGGUCUUGUGGAGGGGAAAUAGAGAACCUGGAGAGACUGGAACCAGGCGUUGCUCAUAUUACUUUUGCCAGUGCUGAAGUUGCGGCACAAGUAUUAGAGCAGGAUAAACUGGAACUGGAUGGGUAUCUUUUGCAACUAAGAGAAAAGCAACCGGAAUUAUUUCUUCCUCUGGAUAGGAAAAAGUUGUAUGUUGAAAAUAUAAACCCGAAUACAAGCGAAGACAGCUUGUGGAAUUAUAUGGUAGUAAGAACGAAACUGGAUGUGACUGGUAUACAGCGUGGUGAUAAUGGAAAUGCUUUUAUAACAUUCAACGAAGAACCAGAUAUGAAAAAAGUGUUGGACAGUAAAAAGCCUUUGGAAGGAGCAGAGUUAACAAUUUCCAAUCCUCCAGUAUGUAACAGCAUUUUAGUAACUGGGCUCUCUAAGAAGACAACCAAACAAGCGAUUGAGAUGUACUUUGAGACAGAACGAAAUGGUGGAGGAAAGAUAUAUGGGGAUAUUAUAUAUCAAAAAGAUAAAGGAAGAGCAGUCGUUUCAUACUGUGACCCGAUAAAUGUCGUCAGGACUUUAAACGCAAAAGAGCACAGACUAAAUCAAUCCGUUUUAACCUUACGUCAACACUAUCCAUUCAUGGAAACAAUAACAGAAACAACCACGAGGAUGAUAAAGAUAGACACACAUGUAUUGGAUCAUGUUUUAAAGAAUUGUGAAAAAGAAAUUUUUGAUCGGUUUGGGGAUAAAGCUCUCGAAAUUUUGAAAAGUAAUAAUGAAGAGUUUACUUUCCCGAGCGACACGGCAAAUGAAAUCGAAGCAUACUUGGCUGGAUUUACAGUCGAGAAAAUACCAAUUGGCAAGAGGUUGUUGGAAAGUUUCCGGAAUGAGUUAGAAGAUAUGAUAAGGAAGGCAAACCAAGGCAACAUUACUGUAAAAACAGAUAAAAACGAACAAAAAAUAGAAAUUGCAGGGGAAAAAGGUCAAGUUACUGAAGUUCAAAAUCAGUUUCAACUUGCAAUGGCCGAAAUGGAAAAGCAAUUAAAUAUUGUUACCAAAAUGAUUCCUGAUGUUGCUAAAACGAAAUUUGAGUUGCUCUCACUUCAUGGUGCUAUCGAAAUGCUGGGAAAAAAUUUUUAUGUGGAAGUAGGUUUCGGGCCACGUAGAGAUACUAUCACAUUGAAAGGAACAGGGAAACAUGUUUCCACGGCUACGGAGGAGCUCCUGAAGAAAUGUUCACAAAUUACAGAAGACAAUGUUGACCUUUCUAAGAAUGAAAGACUUUUUCUUCUGAACGGGGGACUUGACAUUGUAAAUAAGGGGAUGAAGGCAAUACGUUUGAGAGGAAUGGUUUCCCUCAGCCAGAAAAAGAAUAACAAUGUUAAAAUACAUGUUUUCGACGGCGCAAAAUCUGAAGAUGUUGAAGACUACUUAAGAAGAUGCAUGUAUGAAAGACAAUAUUCGCUUGACGAAGACAGCCGCACUCUACUCAACAGUGAAAAAUGGAAAGCAUUUUAUAAAAGUGUUAUGACUGGUACCUCAGUUAUGAUAUUCACCGAUAAAAGUCCGCCAGAAAUUUCGUUAAUUGGUGAGAAACUAGAGGUGGAACAAGUUUUUGAUAGUUUGAAGGAAUUUAUGAAGCGCAAUACAAUUGUGAAGGAAAGUAUUGGUUUGGGCGUUGGUUAUAAAGAAUAUUUACAGCUUUACUGCAAAAAGGAACUCGAAGCAAUCGGAAAUAAUUUCGAAGAACAUUAUGUUAAAGUAUACUUUGGAGAAGAAGAUAAAAGACUAAUCGUAUGUGGUACGAAAGAGGGCGUCAAAAACGCAACUAGGCAGUUGGAUAAAGUUGUGUCGACGAUAGCACUGGUACAGUCUUGUUGA